AUGGCGGAAUCCGUAUUUCAUCCACAGCGAGAAUUUCUGGCCGAAGCUCAUCUCGCGCCAUUGUUUCUGCAGGCGGGAUUGUUCGUCUGGUUGCGCGGCUCGGUGGAGCGAGAUGCAGAUCCAGAAGAUGGGGACCCCGCGGAGUGCGUACCUGCCUUGCAUCAGACGCGAGAACCAGAAGUAGGACUCGAUGAAUCCGAAGAGGAUGAGAAGGGCGAGGAUGGGCACGAUGAUGACGAUGUAGAUCAGCCAGAAAGGGCACAGGGACCCAAUGCAGCCUAUGUUGUCAUCGUCGAAAUCGUCGUCUCCGCCAGAUCGCAAGCCGGUGCUGGUGGCAAAGCUGGUGCCGGUGCGAGUGCCGGUGCGAAUACUGGUGCGGGCCCGACUAACACCCGUCUCUGA